AUAGCAAGACACUAAUAGCAAGACCAAACAGGUAGUAUCAGUUAAUGAGUGCAUAGCCUUUUGCUUUCUGAGAUUCUCGUAAACCAACGCAAAUCCAUAAAUCGUUUGUUUGUUUACUUUUCUUAAGCAAAGUUGGUAUCAUUGGAAAGGCUCGGGAAAGUUAUCACUAUUCUUCGGAUAAUCACCCCUUUUAAGAACAGAAUUACUCCUUGAAGGAGUAAACAAAUAGCCUUUCAUUGGAAACCCUAUUCUUGAUUUGUUUAGCUUGUGAGAAUUCAUAUAUGUCAAACAUCUGUUACUUGGGUUUGUUUACAUUUGGGCGUCAUAACUGAUAUAAAAGGGAAAGGUAUUCCAGUCGAUUUUCUCCAGUCAUAUUCAUCAUAAUUUAAAGAAAAACCAAAGGAUACAUACUUUUAUAUAUAAUGUCACAGCCUACUCGUGUAUUAACCGCCGAUGAUGGUUUAAUUGACGAUAAGCUUGCCCAGCGCAUCACAGAGCACUUGCCUCCUAGGUGUGCUGCUGCCGAAGUAUGGAAAAGGGUGUAUUCUCUUGAGCACGACGGAGCAUCACUUCACACUAUGUAUCAGAACUGUAUGAAACAGAAGGAAGAAUCCGGAAGCCCUAAGGGUGCUUGCAUUUUGGUCGCAAAGGAUGUGCAUGAUAAUGUUUUUGGAGCCUAUGUAGAUGAGUAUUUGAAUCCACGUCCUCAUUAUGUUGGCUCCGAUGAAUCGUUUUUGUGGAAAUGCUAUUCUGACAAUAAUAGAUUCCGUGCAUUUCCCUUUGUUGGAGACUCAAACUUUGUUAUCUAUUGCACAAGAAGUUUCAUCGCUUUAGGAGGUGGAAAUGGUCGCUACAGUCUUUGGCUAGAUGGAACUUUGGAAUAUGCUUACUCGGACACUACGCCUGCUUUCAAAAACUCUCCUUUAAGUCACCGUAGUUGCCAAAAUCAGAGAAUCUUUAUUGUGAAUGUUGAACUCUGGACUUUAGAAUAAGUCUAUUCUUUCUUCCAGAUUUCACCCUUGAUGUUUUUGUUCAUAUGCUUUUUUUAGAAUCAAGUACGGAACGAUGAAUUGGUUUUAUGUAUUGGAGAAAAAUCCUAUAAAGCAUGCGUCUUGUGAUAUUGAGAAAUUUUUACUUACAUAAAAGUGUUUUCUACUGUAUUUUGUUCUCUUAUGGGUACUCUGUUGAUCAACACGAAUAGCUUCCCUUUUUUUUUUCACAACCGAGCUUUUCAAGGUUCCAAAAAGGGAAUCUGUAAUUACGGAGUUGUCUGGAUUUUAUGAAGUUGAUGAUUUUUUUUUAUUUACGUUGUCUGCGGCUGAAUUUUUCUUUGGUUUUUCUUUUUUUUCUUGGGAAUUCGUAACAAGGCUUCCAUAAAUGAUGAUGAUAUGCUGUUUCACUCUAUUUUUCUUGAUUUUAUUCUGUAUAAAUAUAUUUUAUGACUGUAGCAAAGGAACAUUUGUAGGUGU